UAAGGCAAGUUACAUUCAGUUAAGGACAAACCAGUAAAUAGGAUGCAAAAGUAAAAGUUACUAACUAUUUAAAAUAAAGCUUUACAGAAUAUCUAAGAUAUCAGUAUAGAAUGUUUGGUUAUUCAAGUUUUUUACUCGUUUUCUUAGUUUUCAAUGUGGAGAGCUCCACCGACUGUUUUCACAGCAAACCUUGUAAAAAUAUUACAGGGGGCGGUGCAUUUGUGGAACCGGAAGUUGUUAAAUCAACCAAUGGAAGACUUGCAUACACCUUAAAUGUUAGUAUGGCCAAUUUUACAUUCGAUUGGCUAACAAUACACAGAAGAGUAUACAACGGGAAGCUAGCUGGACCAACUAUAACUGUACAACAAGGAGACAAUGUUAAUAUUACCGUGAAAAACAAUCUCCUACCGCCAGAAGGAAUAGUAAAACACAACUCUUUUCAAAAACCCAACGCAACCAAUUUGCACACACAUGGCUUACAUAUUAACAGUACAUUACCUUCUGAUGAUGUCUUCAUUGAAAUACCCCCUAGAGGUAACUUCACCCAUGUUUAUCAAAUAGAAGAACAGAAUCCACCUGGUACUUACUGGUAUCAUGCUCAUCUCCACGGUGCUACCAUGUUUCAUGUACAAGGUGGGAUGUCAGGCUUGCUUAUCGUAGAAGACCCUGAUAAUGAGAACACGACUGCAUUGAUUAGAUCUGUGUCAUGUCCUUUCAACUGUGAACAUGAUAUUAAACUUUUAUUCCAACCAACUUUACAAUAUGUAGAUCUGGAUGGCCUUGGGUUUGGUAGUUUGCAAAAGUCUAUUGGUGAUCCAGAUGUGUUUAGACACCUAACAGUGGUUAAUGCUACAACAAAUAAAACGUUAGAGGAUUGGUUGAAGGUAGAGGAAAAUGAGGUAGAUUAUUACACAACCAAUGGGUUGCUGCAACCUGUUAUGAACUUUUCAGCUGGUCAAACCAAAAGGUUCAGAAUGGUAAAUGCUGGUGGGCUGACAACACUCGAGAUGACUAUAGUGGAUAAUAAUGGAGUUAAUGCAUGUGAUUUCUAUGAGAUAGCAAUCGAUGGUGUAUAUCUCAACAAGCCACGAAUGCCAAGGUUUAAGAAAACCCUUCUUGUCCCAGCAGCACGAGUGGAUUGGUUGGUUGUUUGUAAUAAACCAGGCAACUAUAAGCUGGUUUCACAACCUAGUCCUGGUGACCAGAUUUCUAUGGGAAAUUUUAACAGAUAUAACAAAACAUUGCUGCAUAUUACUGUCACUGGUUCUGCCAGUAAUACAGCCAUAGACACAACUAUUAACUUGCCCCAACGCCCAAGUUACGUGGGGGACUUUACACAGUUGAAAGAGGAUGAGGUGCAUGGUCAAUUUGUAAUUGAGGCAAACUCAGCUACAAACUUAAACAGAGAACUUUUCAAAACUCCAACACAUUAUAGAUACAAGAUUGAGGUGGGUAAAUAUCAACAAUGGUUUCUAAUUAACACAGAUCAUAAGAAAGGACACCCAAUGCAUAUUCAUGUCAACCAUUUUCAGAUAAUAAGCUACAAUAACUAUACUGGACCAUACAGUCUACCAGGUGGUAAAAAUCCAGUUACAAACCAAACAGAAUGGAAAUUAUUUGAUCAGAAUGAUGAAGCUUGUCAUUUUCAGCACAGUGGUCUUUCUGCUUCAGAUAUUAAUGUCACGGCAAAUGGAAAAAUAGGGCUACAAUAUCUUGGCCACGCUGCAAGAGCAAAUACAGGGGCAGGAUUGCUCGGUUAUUCUGAUAUAGGUGACUUUCGUGACACCGUUUUGGUUCCUCCGUUGGCUAAUAUCACGAUUCGAUUCCUGCCACAUAAAUUCACAGGCAAUAAGACAAUUCAUUGUCAUAUUCUGGCACAUGAAGACUCUGGCAUGAUGUAUGUUGUGGAUGUUGUAAAACCAGGAGAAAGCUUGAAUGCAAAUGUUACAUCAGGAAAUGCAUACCCAGGGACUUGUCACAUAAACGACCCAUUUCCAUUUAAUAAACGGAGCGCUGGAGUUGGUGUUACAACAUACAGACCGCUGUGGAUUAUUGGAGCAGUGCUUGGUUCCAUUGCACUUAUUUGUAUUGUUUGUGCUCUUGUACAGACUUGCCGUUAGUUCCGAUCGUUAGGUCCGAUUGUUGUAGUAGGUAUAUAUCAAUAUAGUUGUUAUAGUUAUAAUGACAAACAAAUAUUGUAUCAUAUUGUGCUUAGAGUACUAUAUGGUUCUGGUUUUAUAUACAACCUUCACAACUCAACGUAGUUUGCUGUAAGGGAGGGUUUUUGUCUGUGUAAAUUAUCUUAAAUUUUUUUAUUAAAAUAAUAGCUCUGGUGUGCACUUAGAAUGUGGUUUAUUGCAGUCGCAUUAGCUGUAAAUAUUUUUUUUGUGGACUUUUGAGUGUUGAGGCUUUGUAUGUAAAUUUUUUAAAGAAAUAAUACUGUAUUUACACCAGAGUCCGAAUCUAGUUUGCACACAUUACUUACUUAAUAAAACAUAUACAUACACUUUAAAUUUCAGCAUUGCAACAUUUUUAUUUGCAUUUAUUUAGCACAAACACCAUUUCAAAAAAAUUGUAAUGCGGUUUUUAUGAUCUGCCUUGCCUUUUUCUCUCAGUUUCAAAAAUACAUUUCUCCAUACCAGUUGCAAAGCAUUUGUUUUGGAAAUAGCGUCCUGCAGUUAAGGCAGUAAAUUAAAUUUUGUUAGUGUGUUGUUUCGCUCGCGUACUUGCGGUAUUCUUAAUACAUACUUGCGGUAUUUUGACCAACAACCACGCUAUUUAUAGCUAGAGGCAGUCACCGAAAAAGGAAAUAUUGUGUUUCCUUAUAACUAAAUGUGUAUAAACAGUAUAGACGUUUUUGUCUGUUUUGGAUUCAUACGCUCUAAAAACGAGAGCGUGUAAAUGAGAUUCUUUAUCAUCAAUAAACCGGGUAUUUAGUAAUUAAUUUCGUUUUGUGAUAAGCAGACAGAAAUGACUGUAACACUAGCACCAAUAAUCGUAAUUUAAGUGUGUAACUAAAGUAUUAAAUGUUCGAGCGUAAAUUAUUUUUUAAAGUUACGGUAAGUUACGUCUUUACAGUUCGUUUUACUUUAUACUAGGUUAAUUAAAUUUGUAAUUUUUAAAUGGACCGGUCAGCUGCAGAGAGUGUUUUUGCAAAUUACCACAACAGAGCACCUCCACCCAGUUGUUCAAGUGCACUGAUACCUUCUAAUGAUGAACACCUACUUGUACAACCAAAGAAACUUGCCAACCCUGUCAUGGAUUCAAGGAAUCACAGAGUUAUGCAGCAAGAAUUAAAGCUCAAUAAUAAAUUAGGAAUUGACGUUUUAAACCAGAAAUCUGAACUUUCCCGCGUUUUCCAAGAAAAAAAGAGAGACCAAGUAUAUCAGGAACAAAAACAGAAAGAGAAACCCUCAGAAUUUCAUUUGGCACUGGAGAAAAGAAAAAAGCAAUCUGAAGGGGAGGACAAACAAAAGGAGGAUUCAAAUGUCCCGGAGUUUGUAAAAAUUCGAGACCAGCUUAAGAAAAAAGAUGGCGAAUAGUUCCUAAAUAACCUUUUACCCUCAGAAUAUCUAUUGUUUCGUGUGUCUGCUGCUGCUCAUAAUGCUACUUCUGCUACAGCCAAUGUUUGUAUUGAUUUACCAAGUGAUGUUGGUAAUUUGUAGUCUUUUUUUUCAUAGUUACUUUACACGAUGUAAAGUGAUAUCACAGGAUUUUAAUUGAAAGCACAAAUUAAACUGGUAAAAUUUCAACACUAAACCCAAACUUAAUUUCAUUUAUCUGGUAUAUGCUACUUUGCUAUGCAUUUGGUAUCGGUAAUUCGUCUAAAAUAUUGGUAUUUAUUAUUUAUCUUUACAUUAUGCACUUAGUAAGGCUAUCGACAAAAAGAACAAUUUAUCUGCCAAUGCAUUUUUUUCUUUUUGCUUGGUUAGAUUUCUGUAUGUUGUUCGUGAAAAAGUAUUUGUUCAAAAACCUUCGCAUUUUGUGAAGUGGUUCAUGCAGAAUCUGUAUAUUUAUCCUAAGCGUUGGAUAAUUCUAAAGACCUCACUAACACCUCUGUAUUAUGCUUUGCUUAAAGGGCGCUAACAUCAGUGUAGACCUAAUAUCAAUUAUUCAUGACUAUUAGGGGUUGUGAAGUGUGGAUAUUCUUUGUGUGAUCAUUUCACGUAUAAAGCAACCAUUUCAACCCUAUCGCUCAUAUAAAUUUGCCACAAUGUUUUAUGGAAUAUUUUUCGCAAUAUCACAUAUAACAUGUUAAAAUAGGGUUGACUUUACACCAAACAUAUUGCUUUUACCACGUAUGUUUAAAGCAUGGCAUACAAUUAACAUGUGACACCCCAUAUUUACUGUAAUAACUCAAUGCAUAAGCGACCACUGUAUAGUAAAUACGCCAACUAUGUUUCUCAUUGUGCAAAUUUAUCUGCAUUUUGAUGUCACAGUGCAACAAGUGACAUCGAUCAUACAUGUGUGUGUAUUACUAACAGAUGCAAUAUCACAAGCCAUGCAUGUCUACUAUUAAUAAUAAGUUUGGUGAAUCACUUUUUUUAAAGCUUACAGAACUGUAGCCCUUUUAAGGUGGAUAUUUACCCACGUACAUACAUAGUGCUCCCACACAAAGCAGGCUGUUCUUUUCUCAUUUAAUCAAGAGCUAAUUUGAUCACGCUGUACAAAAUGCAGAGCUGGAUUUUAGCCAGAGCCCAAUGAAACGCCACUUGAUAAAUCUAUUAGCCAAACAUUUUAAUACUAAAUUACAAAACAAUCAAUUACUUUAAUCUAAAUUAACUUAUAGUUCUAGAAGUUCUGGCUUUAAAACCCAGCUUUGUUAAAUUUGAUGUCUAUAUUGAAGCUAUUUAUCAUUGCACACUAAUCUGUUGUUUUGCAAAAGUUUUUUAACCUAUUUAUUUCAUGAUUUUCGUUGUUUUGAAGGUUUUCUAAUCAUGUCUGUUAUGUUUGAUUUUACGUUGAAGUUCUUUGUUCCAUCUCUACAAUCCUUAACUAUGGUGUUCUAUAUUUGAUUGUGUGCAUAAGAAUACAAACAUUGUAUGCGAA